AUGUCCAUCACGUGUUGGGACUCGAUCCCUCUGCGGGCUGGCGCACUGUUGGCCGUUCCUCUCCUUGUGCUAUUCUUCGCUACGAAAGAUCAGAGCAAAGAGGUCGUAAGUGGACCGGCUUCAGAGGCAACAUCAACAGCAGUAGCACCUUCGAAACAGCAGGAGGUGAAACAAGCGUCUUCUCCUUCCUCUGCAAAAACAGACGUGGGAACAGCAUCGUCUUCUUCCGCACAAAACAAGGAUGAAGUUGUAGCACCAACACAGAAUGAAGUUGGUCCGUAUGCUUCUCAUGCACCGUUUCUAGCACCUUGGCGAAGGGUUUAUCUUAAUCUUAUGGAAAGUUGUAAAUAUGAUCAUCUUACAGAAAUCAUCUUAGUACAGAAGUUUGAUGGCGGUCCACUUUCUUACUACUAACAGUUUGUAGGAAUAAUUCCACUUCGCACAAGGACGUCUCUGGCAAACGAAGACCUCCUAGCACAACACCAAAUAUACUCCGCCUAUGUUAUCAUUAUCUCUCUUCUAACAACCAUACUUUUUUCUCUCUUCUAACAACUGUCAUGACAUUUUUUUCUCAUUCUCUCUUCUAACAACAAUAAAAAGUAUCCGAAUACGCAUUGCCUGGACGGUUCGACUCCCUACUAUUAUAUCCAACGGAACACAGACGUAAAGCAUCCUCAACACGACAGCUGGAUAGUGUAUCUAGAGGGCGGAGCCUGGUGUAGCUCGUACGCAGACUGUCUCGCGCGCUCUCAGACGUAUUUGGGAUCUGGGCGUUUUUACCCGAAGGGCCUGCCGGUGGAGUCUGAGUAUGAAGGGGAGUCAAUUGCUUCUUUGAGAUUGAGGAUGAAGAUGUAACUGUAAAUAGAUUUCCAGAUGUAGUUUUACGACAAGAGUGAUGUAGUUUUACUCAAAGAGCAGGCGCGUCUUCCAUUAGAAGGUAGAAUAAGCAGUGUCUAUGCACUGUGACUCUACUAGUAUUAAGUGAGCUUCUAAGUCCUUUGCCAUUUUUCCCACCCGUUGACCUUGCUUUCAUCUCCCCGAUUCCGCGGAUUACGACCAAGGCCUCUUCUACUCUCCAGUGCCGUAUCUGAGCGCCGAUUGCAGCCUCAAUCCUGAAUGGUGCGACUUUAACAAGGUCAUCGUCCACUACUGUGACGGGAGUAGCUAUACUGGCGAUCGCGAUGAGCCGGUUUUUGUGUUUGAGGUAUGGUGGAGGUUUGGUAUGGUGUGUCAAACAGGAGGUUUGGUUAGAAAGUUGAAAAGUAGUUCUUGCUGAUAAAUUUCUCACUAGAACAUUACAAACAAUAAGUUGUGCUCAAAUUAUAAUAUAUUAGCAUGUCCGUCGUAAAAAAAGAGUAGCUCUAAGAACUAGUGCUCCUGACGGCGAGGGUGACAAGAGCAAAGUCGCAAGUGAGAAAAUCUCUUCUGCAGAGUGGACAGAGGUGCAUGCAGUGUAUCAAAACUUGCAAAAAGAAUACGAAGGUUAUGCAGAGCCACUGGGAGGGUUGGGUGAAACACCUAAAGAUGGAAGUUAUGUACGAUGAUCAAAAUCUUCAGGUAUUUGCUUUUUGAUCCACUCUUUUGAGUUUGAUGUAACUCAUCAACAACCUUUGAGAACUUCAAGGAGAAACCCGACGAAGUUCUCUCUCAUCUCUCUCUACCUCUAAACCCACCGCAGUAAGACCAGCACCACUAGUUCCACAAGCAGUGGUCUGGUGUAUUUCCAAGGGCGCCGGAUUCUCGAUAACAUCAUAGAGAGUACUGUUUUAGCUCGUCAACCCCAAGAGUUCUUCUUCACUGGCUGCUCUGCAGGAGGUCUCUCAGUUAUUCUCAACGCUGACCGGAUAAGGCACAAGUACUUUUCGAAGGCCGAAGAUGGUAAAGGGCUGAUGAAGUACAAAGCAUUGUGGCUGAUGUUGUUCUUGCUGUUGAGCCUGAGAUGACAAAGAUGUACUAUGUUGUACGAGUAAUUUCUAGCGCCGUUUCUUUUUACUUGAUGUUGAUCUCCAGUACCGUCUAGUUUUUUAGUACACAUGUUGAUCUCGUCGUCUAGUCCUUGUAGUAUACCUCUAAACCCCGCAGCUUUUUCUGGUUGGUUCAUGGACAUUCCAACUGUCACUGGGGCUCAGCAGUCACGCAAAAUCUUCUACGGAAUGGUUGAUGUGCAUCAUAGCACGUUGCCGAAGAAGUGUCUGGAAGCGGAAGUGGAAGAAGGAAAAAAAGAUCUAGAUCAUGUAAAUAAACCUUCUAGAAGCAAAGAUCCAAAAUAUUCGCAUUCCUGUGCAUUCGCAGCAACCGCGUUCCGUACUGUCGAAACACCUAUCUUUGUGCAGAAUUCUGCCGUUGACGCCUAUCACUAAGGGUAUGUUUAUGGUGUUCCUGUUACCGUUUCUUUUGCCUCUCCUAAGGGAGAAACGCAGAGCAAACGGGAAAGAGAAACACCAAAGGAAAAGCCUACCGCUAAUAUCAGUUGAUGGAUUUGUUCACCGUUUCUGACGCUUUGGAAAACGUGAACGGAAAAGGCAAUGCCUCCGCACCAAAUCCGACUAGUGGCUACUCUGACUGGUCAGACUGUAUCCUAUCUCCGGAUCUAGCCGGCUGCUCCCGUGAGAAGAUAUCAGCGAUACGCGAACACUUCGAAAAAAAACUGCUGUCUAGUGUAGAAGAGAGCUUUCGAGCUAAUCCUCUGGCCGCAGCUCGUCAGAAUUCCUAUUUCUUGGAUACAUGUGACGCACACUGCGAAAGCGAAUCGCCUAUAUUCUGGAUGGAGUACAGAGGUAGUGGUACUAUCGAAAGCGGCGAGGUGGGCGCGACGACGGCGUCGAGGAGCAGUAGUACAACUACAGAGAAAAAGAAAAACUACAUUAACAUUCUUUCUUCAUCAAGUACAACAACUAGUAGAUCAUCAAGUACAACAACUAGUAGAACUUUUACUUCGUAUACUUCGAACCUAAAGGAGAGCAUCACCGCUUGGUGGCGUGGAGAGAAGCCUGACGACGUGAAACCUUGCCUCCUGCGUGAAACAGCACCAUACCAGUGCAACCCGACCUGUGACGCGCCUGCGCCCUCAUCUAGUAGUGCUAGUACUUCUCUGGUGGAGACUAUGUCCUCUUCUAAAAUCAGGCGAAGAUUGUUUCACACAAUGAAUGUUGAACAAGAAAAGCUAGUAUUUUGGUAAAAAUAAAUGCAAGUUGUUCUUCUGUGUACUAUGCUCUUAUUUAUUUCAGCAUUGAUUCUCUUCAGUCAACUCUACUUACUCUUUUCUUGGCAAGAUGAUUCGUUUUGAGAUGAUUCAUUUUCAGAUUACUUAUUUCAACUUCAAAUUUCUUUUCUAUUCCGCGUUGCUACUGACGCCACUUCCUCUUAAAGGGAAAUGGGUCAGUGGAAGUGGAAGAACGGAUACGAUAAGUCAAAUCCGCACUAGCUGCGACGAGGAGGACCCACCAUCCUCUCGAACAUCACGGUACAAACAAAUGGAAAAGUUGUGUAGUUGUUGACAGCAUAUUACAUUUGGUGCAUAGCCACAGUUGCACUUGCAAGAUUUCGG